UCAGUUUUACUCGGUGAAAGCUAGUGAUUUUUUCGAAUCAAAUAGUGUAUUUGGUGUAGACAUAAAAGCCAACAAACCAGACAAUAUGCCGAAUGACAUAACAUUUUUGACCAAAAUCUGACGAUUAUUUUUCUCUAAACUUGAUAUCUAUAUGGUGGUGCACAUAUUUUAUUGCUUAAAAAGUGCAUUAUUUCAAUGGAAAAUAUAAUAUUGGUCUUUUGUCAGUAAACCCCAAAACAAAGCUGAGUUCCAAAAGCUGAAACAUGGGUUCUGGUUUUGCUUCUUGUUGUAUCUUCCUUUCUGUUCUUCUUCUUGCUUUCAUGUUAGGACAAGGCAGAAAUGUUCGAAGACAUCAUGUGGAAGAAGGUUCGACCGGCUUGAAUUAUUUGCGACAGGCUUCAAGUUCCAUCGAUGGCGACCGUAUAGAUCCUUCGGGUAAAAUUUUCUUCAAGAUGGACGAUCUUAAAGUUGGUAAAACAAUGGCUAUUUAUCUCACCAACAAAGACCCUUCAACUUCACCUCAUUUACUUUCUAGAGAAGAAGCUAACUCAAUCCCUUUUUCAUCGGCAAAAAUCGCACAAAUCAUUGAUUUUUUCCGAUUCUCAAAAGACUCGCAUCAAGCCAAAGCUAUCGAAUACACGAUCAAACAAUGCGAACUCGAACCCCUCGAAGACGAGUUACGGUUUUGCGCUACUUCUCUCGAAUCGAUGCUCGAUUACGCCAGUUCCUUGCUCGGCAAGAAAGCUCAACUUCAAGUUUUCACCACGACUUUUGUUGAAAACCCGACGGUUCCUUUCCGAAACUAUACGAUCUUGGCCGUGCCUGAACGGAUUCGGUCUACAAAAAUGGUUGCAUGUCACACUUUGCCAUAUCCUUAUGCAGUGUUUUAUUGUCACAAUACACCAAAGAGUGAAACCAGGUUGUUUAAGGUUUUGCUUGGUGCCGAGAAUGGUGAUCGGGUUCGAGCUCUGGCUGCUUGUCAUAUGGAUACGUCUCGAUGGGACGUCGAUCAUGUGUCGUUCCAAUUGCUGAAAAUCAAGCCCGGCUCUUCCCCUGUGUGCCAUGUUUUCCCACCGGAUAAUCUUGUAUGGGUGGCUUUGCCUGCUUGAAUAUAUGGAGAAAAAUUCAGUAGAUAUCAUAUUUCAUGUGAUGUUAUUUGUAAUGUUAUUGUAUGAUAUGAAUGUUAAUAUAUAACACCAUGUCCGAGUUGGCUCAGUGAUUUAGAACCACGCCAUAAAUGGAAUAAACGAGUUCAAUUAGCCUC